AUGCUGGCACUUUAUGGAUUUUGCUUGGGAGAAAAUAUGCUAUUUUGUGCAGUAGCAGGCCUAUUGCCUAUCCUGUUGUAUGACACCGUAUUUUUUAUGUUGUUUCGGACCAUGCCAAAGAGCUUCACCCUCGGCGAAGCUUCCGUAGUAAGCCAGGGGUAUGUACUUUUUACAUACUUCUCAUUACUGCAACUACCACCUGCGAUCGUAAGAUCAGAUGGAAUGCCCUCAGAUAUGCAAGCAAUCUGCUACAUUCUGCAGCUCGGGUUGUUAGCCACUCGCAAGGUGUUCCAUUUCCUUAUUGUUCUGGUUUACGGCCCGGGACUGUGGUACCAAUGCCGGCUACUUUACCUUACAAGCGGUUUAAUGCUAGCUCUUUUGGUUGUGUUGGAGAUAGCCCGCCUUAUACAACUAUUUCCCGUGGCAGGCAUACUCAACUCGGCAGUCAAUUUAUUCAUUGACGAAAAGGAUUCGGGUGCAGUAGCUUUGACGCCUAUAUAUCUCCUAGUGGGAUGUUCUCUGCCUCUUUGGUUGCAUCCAUCGCCUUGCGAUCUAACCAACUCUGGCGGACUGCAAAUGCUUACGCUUUUGGCUGGAGUACUGUCGAUCGGUAUCGGUGACACAGCCGCCAGCGUGGUUGGAUAUUACUUUGGCAAACACAAAUGGAGCGGUGAUAAUAAAUCUGUCGAAGGCACGAUUGCCUCGGUGCUGCUGCAAGUAUUGACUGUUAGCGCAAUGUACUGGAUUGGCAUGGUACAUUUGACCGUGAGCAGGGGGGCUUACGCCGGGAUUGCCAUUAUAGUGAAUUCUCUGAUCGAAUCGAGGACAGAUCAAAUCGAUAAUCUUGUACUGCCGCUGGUCACUUAUCUGAUAUUGAUUUGUUCCCCAUAA